AUGAGUGAAGAUGAUGAAUAUAUAAAGGCAUUGGAGAUACAAAGAAGAAACUUUGAAGCCCAAUUUGGGUCUAUUGAGGAUAUGGGAUUUGAAGACAAAUCAAAGACUCAAGUAGAAUUGGAAGAUGAAGACGAACGUUCAAGCCAAGAUUCACCAGACCAAUCAUCGGGAGAAGACGAAGAAGAUUCGAAAUUUGAUGAAAUCGAUUCUGAUUCUAAUGAAGAGGAAAUGGACUUUUUAGGCGAUGAUGAAGAGCAGGAUGAUAUCCCCAAACCUAAAGUGUUUAAACUCAACGAUAGUUCUAAUACACCACUUCCAGUUGUUUCAAAACAAGAUCGAAAGCUAUUAAAAUCAGGACGAGCUCCAACGUUGUUAGAAAUAUCGAAAAAAGAAAAACUCGCUGCCAAACAACAGUCCAAACAACAAUCUGCGAAGUCUAAAGCGGAAGAUGAGGAAAACCUUGCCAACGACCUCAAACUACAAAGAUUGUUAAAGGAAUCACAUAUCUUGGCCAAUACAUUAGAAUAUUCUGGUGCAGACUUGACUUUGCAAACGAUUGAUUUUGACGAUCCAACGGGUAAAGCACGUAGAAGAGCGUUGGAUUCGAGAAUUCGUGAGUUGGCAAGUACAAAUUCAAGAACUGGAGGAUUACCCAAGAAAUUAGAAAAAAUGCCUAUGGCUAUGCGAAAGGGGAUGAUUAAAAAACGUGACGAGAGAAUAAAGAAAUAUGAACAAGACGCAAGAGAUGCUGGAAUAGUAUUAUCCAAAGUUAGAAAAGGGGAGUUGCGUGAUUUGGAUGCUGGAAGAGGUUCGACUUCAUCUAGUGAUAGAUUGGGUACCGGUAAGAAAAUUGAUAAGAGAAUUAGGGAUAGAGGUUUGAAAAUUAAUGGUAUUGGUAGAUCUACUAGAAACGGGUUAGUUAUAUCUCAGGGGGAAAUAGAUAGAGUAAAUCGUGGUGGUAAAAAGGGGUUCAGGAAAAGAAGAUAA